UAAACAGGAAGCAGCUGAUCUCCACUGCCUGCUUCCACCAAGUAAUGUACUCCACUGUAUUCUUCGAAACAAAUAAAAACUCCAGGAUAGAAUUGCUCGAACAUAAGUAACUGUUCUACCCUUUCGGGCAGAAGGAGGAAGAGGAGAGCUGCUGCAGACACAGACUGAAGUCAUCUGACCUGCAGCUCAGACAAAACACUCAUCAUCGUGUCUGCUGAGGGGGAUGUCAAGCACAGCAAUGAAGAAAAAGGUGCUACUGAUGGGGAAAAGUGGGUCGGGGAAGACCAGUAUGAGGUCAAUCAUCUUUGCCAAUUACAUAGCUCGAGACACACGCCGCCUUGGAGCUACAAGUAAGAGCAUUUUAAGGAAAGGUUCUGCAUGUAGAUGUAUUUUUAAUGCUGGGUGUGUCUUAAACCUCAUUUAUAAAAAAUCUUCUCAUUAUUUAUUGAACUUAGUUGACGUGGAACACUCCCAUGUACGGUUUCUUGGCAAUCUGGUUCUGAACCUGUGGGACUGUGGAGGACAGGACACGUUCAUGGAGAACUACUUCACCAGCCAGAGGGACAACAUUUUCAGAAACGUAGAGGUUCUUAUUUAUGUAUUCGACGUCGAGAGCCGGGAGCUGGAGAAAGACAUGCACUACUAUCAGUCAUGUCUGGAAGCCAUCCUGCAAAACUCCCCCGAUGCCAAAGUGUUCUGCCUCGUGCACAAGAUGGACCUGGUGCAGGAGGACCAGAGAGAUUUGAUCUUUAAGGAGCGUGAAGAAGAUCUGAAGAGACUGUCCAGGCCUUUGGCUUGCACAUGCUUCAGGACGUCCAUCUGGGAUGAAACCCUGUAUAAGGCCUGGUCCAGCAUAGUGUACCAACUCAUCCCAAACGUCCAGCAGCUGGAGACAAACCUGAGAAAUUUUGCACAGAUCAUAGAAGCAGAUGAAGUUCUCCUGUUUGAGAGAGCCACCUUCCUGGUGAUCUCUCACUAUCAGUGCAAAGAGCAGCGUGACGCUCACAGGUUUGAGAAGAUCAGUAACAUCAUCAAACAGUUCAAACUCAGCUGUAGUAAACUUGCAGCCUCUUUCCAGAGCAUGGAAGUGAGGAACUCCAACUUUGCGGCCUUUAUCGACGUCUUCACCUCCAACACAUACGUCAUGGUCAUCAUGUCGGACCCCUCCAUUCCAUCUGCAGCCACUCUCAUCAAUAUCCGUAAUGCUAGGAAACACUUUGAGAAGUUGGAGCGGGUGGACGGACCCAAGCACAGCCUGCACAUGCGAAUGCGUUAAGCCCACGCGUUUGUCCCAGUGGAUACUCUCAGCCAAUCAGUCCACAGAUCGCUGCGGCCUCCCAGCUCCAAUACACACGAGCAGCCCUGCACCGUUUCCUCUAUAUCUUCAAUUUCAAUCACAGUUAUCACGGGAGAAAUCAUAUUUUCUUUUGGUCUAAUUUCUACAGUGAUCUUAAAUAUGUUGAAGAGUGAUACAUUCUGUUGAAAUAUUUGUCCUAACUUGACACAUUAAAGAAAAAAUGAAUAGUUGUUUGCUACAGAGCGGGCUACCUUUGCUGUCAUGCUGUCAUAUACAGUAGAUUCAUUGGCUUCAUGCAGUGAAUCCUAGUGAUUUGGGGACUUUGUCUCCAAGUGUUAAGCAGCAGAUACUGUUUGAUUUUCAAAUGCAGUUUGUAAGCUGUUACAAACAAUAUAGUUAUGUUCAGAAACAGA